GCGACCGUUGCCAGUGCGACUUGGACUGCCGACGCGACACGCGACUCGACAAUCGCUCGCGACUAAUCGCAGCCAGUGCAGUGUCCAACCAUGCAAGUGUUUGCCCCAUUGCUCGUUUCCUGGGUGAUAAUGACGACAGCCGUCCGGGCCGUGAUCAGGACGCCACUAGAAGCCUUCAGACCUUCGGGAGAAAUCCACAUCAGGAGACCGGAUAAAUUACUCCUCAUGCCCCAUAGGAGAACCGCUCUGCCGGCUAAGAGUGGACUCAGAAUUCUAUACCAAAUUGGGGUUUCUGAGGAGGAUUUACCCGACUGUCGGCCUCGACAGGUGUGCAGCAAAGUUGACCUGUACGACACGGCCCAGCCUUGGAUUGAGAGGAAAUGCCGGUGUUUGGGACACAGGCCUUGCUCCAGCGAUCUAUCAGCCGACGACAACCACACGUUAUCAGACAAAACGACGCUAUACAAGACCUGCGAGCCGGUGAAGCGGUUACCCAAAUGUCGUUAUUUCAAAGACGCCGCCUGGACCAUCUUCUCCUUCUCCGACAGCAAUGCCACGCAGCAGAUCGUCAAUUGUCAUUGUCCGAAAAAUUCUGUGACGUAUCUACUGAAGAAACUGCCGUACACGACACCUAGUGGCGAACAAGGGAACCAGUAUCAGUUCGCGUGCUCGCCGCAAAGCAGACUUCGUUGCUCGCGCAAAGAGCCUUGUAAGUUGUUCAGCGCGCGCAGGAGACACGAACAAAUAGACGAAGUAAACGCCAACACCAUAUGCCAGUGUCCCAGAGACCACUCCUGUCCCAGACACCACACCGAGCCUGGGGUCCUCCCAGGAGUCACCUACACCACAGAAGACAUCCGCACCUACCAUGGAUACUGCAUGCCGGAAAUUUCCGAAGUAUACAGGUUCGUCGGCGACAAGGAUUGAAAAUUAAAAUCUCCACAAACACUAUGUGACCAAUGUAUCAAUGCAUUGAACGUUUUACGUCUUAUUUCAAAGACUUUCGUUUGCUCAUUACCUGUGUAGUACAAAAAAUAUAUCUGUAAUAAUGAGUUAAGAUCAAAGUCGGAACAAAAACUUUAGUUUUUAUGAGUUAGCAUGUAAGUGCCAUUGUUUACUAGCGAAAAAUAAUCUAUAGCAGAUUUCAGUUGCGUUUAUGGCCUUGUGUGAUACAGAUGUUGUAAAUAAUUAGUAUAUCACAAAUAAUUGUUUCUGUUAAUUUGUAAAUAUUUAAUUUAAGUGAUCAUUCCAAACGUUUUUAGUUUAAAUUAUUUUUCAUAUUUUAAUUACUUGCUUGCCAUACUUAAUUCAGUCUUCCAAUCAAGUCACGAAGACAGAGAUUGUUCAUUGUUUUGUUUGUGUUAACGAUUGUAUAAUAUUUUUGUUAUACGAUAGUUAUGUUUUGUGGUUAAGCUUUAUUGUAAGGUACCUUUUAAAUUAUAAUUUAAAAAUGAUGACUCUACUACUUUUGGUAUUAUUGUUAUAACUUUUGACUUUAUUUUACAAAACUGAAUGUAAAUAAGGCAUGUGUUUGUCUUCCUUUUUUAGUUUUUAUUUAAUAGGUUCAAUAAAUACUUUUUAAGAUUUUUUAUUAUGUUACGAUCAAAAGGAAAAAUUAUGUUUAUAAAUGCCCAGUGAUACUAAAAAUAAUCAAUGCAACAAAAAAAUUGAAGUUAUCAAGACACAAUUAAAUGCAUAUUGUGUCAAUGAAGAAACGUGUGUUUUUUAAAGUGGUUCUAUAACAUACUUUUGGGUAAAUCUUGUCCAAUAAUAUAUGGAACCUCAGCUAUUUAAUAGCUAAUUGGCGCCCGGUAAAAAAUUAUGCCCGAGUUCUUUUACCUCUGCAUGCAACUAAAAUAUGUAAAUUAUACAAAUACGUACUAAUUUAGUACGUUAGGUAUUGUCUACGUAAAAUAUGAAAAAGAGUGAUAGGGACAAAUAGCUAAUAUUACAUGCAUUUGAUCAACAAUGGACUUUACGAUAUUUUAAAACAUCUAACCCGAUGCUGAACAAAUCUAGUUAGUGUUUCUAACUAUGUACAUAGGAAAGCAUUUUGGGUGGUUCUCGAGAGCGUUUCGACCGCUGUGGCCACGUUGUUAUUACAAUUUUUCAAAUUGUAACAAAGAUUUAGACUUAGGAAUUAGUUUCACUAUGUGACUUUCAAUUAAUGAACUGUAACUGAGUACUGUGGUAAUGUAAAUUUUAUUAAUUUUGGAAAUGAUUCCUUCCUCAAGAUAAUUGACGGAUCGUAACGACAACGCGGCCGCAGCGGUCGAAACGCUCUGCGAACCACCCGUUGACGUUGUAAAAUCGCAGCCCGGUGGUAUGUCUUCCUUAUUUGUUUGAUACAGGGUUACUUGUGAAACAACAGCAACUUCGCAGGUCUAGAAGCUGACAUCAUAAACCUGUCAUCUGUCUACAUUGAGGUUUACUUUAACCUGCACAGAAAAAUGUAAAAUACGCCAUUAUAUCUAAACGGCGGCGCGUAGGUUAAAUUUAAAAUAUUUUGUAGUUAUGUUAAACAGCUGCUGUCAAUUGAAGUUCCAUUCAAAAACAUGCAGUAUUUUUUAUUUUUUUGUUACAUGCGAAACCAUUCGCGAAUAAUAAAUAAUAAACAAAACAUUUUCCAUUUUUUCAACAUAACAUACAUAUAUUUUUUUAAAAGUUUUGAUUGUCCUCGCCUCCAAGCCUCGCAUGAACACAAUAAAUAUGGGCGACAUUAAAAUAAAAAUAAAAUAUUUUAUAUAUUUUAUUACAGGUACUAUUAUUACUACGUAUUACGUAUACAUUUAUAUAAAAACAACAAAAUUUAUCGAAACUCCUUAAACUAACGUCGUUUGUGAUGUUAGCUAUGUAGUCCUGCAAGGCUAUUGGUGUUUUAAAAGUAACUCUGUAUAGUUUAAGUUAAAUUAUUAAAAGAAAGUGAAUAAAUGUU